AUGGACGCCUACUCCGGCUACAACCAGAUCAUGAUGCAUGAAGACGACAAGGCAAAGACCUCUUUCAUCAUCGAAAGAGGUGCCUACUGCUACAAGGUCAUGCCCGUUGGGCUGAAGAAUGCCGGGACAACCUACCAAAGGCUGGUGAACAAAAUUUUCAAGGAGCAAAUCGACAAGACUAUGGAGGUCUACGUAGACGACAUGCUAGUCAAAGCUCCCGAACGAGCAGACCACAUCGAGAAUCUUGCCGAGGAAUUCAGCCUACUCCGAAAAUACAACAUGAAGUUGAACACGAGCAAAUGCACAUUUGGAGUCUCGUCCGGCCGAUUCCUUGGAUACUUAGUCACCCAAAGAGGAAUUGAGGCACAUCCAAAUCAAAUCAAGGCUAUACUCAACAUGAAGUCACCUGCCACAACAAAGGAGAUACAAAGUCUAACGGGUAAGGCGUCAGCUCUCAACCGAUUCCUCUCUAGAUCUACCGACAAAUGUAAGCCAUUUUUCAAAGCUUUGAAGAAGGGACACAAAGACAAGUGUGAAGUAGCUUUUCAAAACUUGAAAACUUACCUCACUUCACCUCCAUUGCUCUCAAAGCCAAUACCAAGCGAAGACUUGUACAUCUACCUAGCAGUGUCCGACUCAGCUGUCAGCUCAUCUCUCAUUCGAGAAGAGCUGGGGGCACAACAUCUGGUAUUCUACACUUCAAAAGCUCUUCUCGAUGCAGAGACUCGCUAUCCGAAAAUGGAGAAGCUCAUUUUUUCGCUUGUGGUUUCUGCGAGAAAGUUAAGGCCCUACUAUCAAGCACACCGGAUAAUUGUCAUAACAGAAUUUCCUUUGAGAUCGAUCCUUCACAGCCCCAACGCUUCUCAGCGACUCAUGAAAUGGGCUAUCGAACUCAGUCAAUACGACCUCCUCUAUCGGCCGAAGACUGCUAUAAAAGCACAAGCUUUAGUAGAUUUUGUUGUAGAAUUUACUCCGACAGCCGAAGAAGAGAAGAUGGUCACAAAAAGCAAGGAAAAAGCGGACGACACCUCCCGUACCGAUUCGAACCUACUUAACGACAUGUGGCAGUUGCAUGUAGACGGAGCAUCAAAUCACAAAGGAGCGUGA